AUUGGCAACGACACUGGCUUUCAAAUUUUUGUGGUCUCGAGCAUCCACUGCACCUUUGCGCAACAGCCGCUCUUCAGUUGAGAGGUCUAAGUGCACAAAGGCAGCUUCCGAGGGGGCAGCGUCAGAGCGAGAGAUGUUACAUUUGGGGGGUGCAGCAUGGAGCGACCCCAUUCUGCUCUGAGGAAAACCCCUCAUUUCCUCCGCAAGCAGCCCUUUAAAGAGCAUUCUGAGGUGGAAGAACCCCAGACUGAACUGGAGAGAACCCCUACCAAAGAUGAGUACUGCCAGACAGAGAACGACCAGCACAGCUGCUGUCAGCCUGACACACCUAGAGUGGAGCCUGGUAACACGCCCUACGUAUAUGCUACUGAGCCUGGAGACCCACCAUUACUGCAGCAACAGCUUCAGACCUCUAAAUCUGGAAUUCAGCAAAUCAUUGAAUGCUUUCGAUCAGGCACAAACCAGCUCAAACACAUUCUUCUGAAGGAAGUGGACACCAUCUUUGAGUGCAAACUCUGCAGAAGCCUGUUUCGUGGUCUACCCAACCUCAUCACACACAAAGAAUUCUACUGCUUCCCCAGGCUACCCUUACCUGAUGAUCCUUCAAGACAGGACAGACAGAGCCAAGCCAUCAAAGACCUUUUGGAAGCCAUCUACCCAAGGUCAGACAAGCAGGAGUAUGUGGUUCGACUUGAAGCCAUUGAGACCAACCCUAAUGCUGUGUUCCAACACAUAUCCCCAGUCGUUCCUCAGGACCACUCUGAUCACAAUCCCAGCCAGCAAGACUCAGAGUUACAGCAAAAGUGCUCUCACAAAUCUACAGAUGUCAUGCAAAGGCCUGAACAGUCAGAUCCCAAGGCAAGGCCAGAAGCUGUGCCAGAUAUAAGGGUUAAUGAUGAAGGUUCUGGCGAUCAAAAAACGGAUCAAGCAGAACAGGGGGAAGGAGAGGAGGAGGAAGAGGAAGGUAGCACCUCUGAGAUGAAGGAUGUGAGAAUCUCCUGUUGCCUCUGUGGGAAGGACUUCAGCUCACGUCGAAGCGUGCGCCGGCAUUGCCGUAAAAUGCACCGGCAGAAACUGGAAGAGCUGCGCAAGUUCACCGAAACACGCACUGUGCCCAUCAGCCUACUAUCUGUGGUCAAGACCAAGAGCCGUGAAGAACCACUGCCAGCCUCUGGCAAGUGCUGCCCCGUGUGCCACAAGUCCUUUGCUACCAAGGCCAACGUUCGUCGCCACUUUGACGAGGUUCAUCGUGGCUUGCGGCGAGAUUUCAUCACGCCUGAAAUUGCUACAAGGCCUGGUCAACCACUUUUGUUAGAGACUUCACCUGCAUCUCAGAAACAGGCCAGUACUCUUUCAAACCAGGGUGAGUACAACAUAGCCAGCUGCCGUUGCAGGCUGUGCAAGAGGAAGUACAGUUCACAGGUCAUGUUAAAGAGGCAUAUGCGCAUUGUGCAUAAAGUCCAAAUGUUAGAAAAUGGUUCUGCCACCUCACGACCUCUCCUCACUAGCAAAUCAAAAAUAAAAACAGAGCCUGUAGAUCCGGUCCGCACCAGGACUGAGGCCUUGCCCUCCACUUCCACCUCUUCAUCGAAGCUCUCUGCAAGUUUUGACUUUAAAAAACUUUACUGCAAGCUGUGCAAGCGACAGUUCAGUUCCAGCCCAAACCUGACUAAACAUAUUGAGCUGCACACAGACGGCAACGACAUCAUCUACAUCAAGUUCUACGGCUGUCCGCUCUGCAAGUACGAGUCUAGACGGAAACGGGACGUGAUCCGACACAUCACAGUGGUCCACAAGAAGUCUUCUCGCUAUUUGGCUAAAAUAAUGCCCAUGCUCGAGAGCCGGGCGGUGAAGAAGCCGGCAGAAAUGGUGCUUAACAGCUCUGUCAAGAAGGUGUCUCCAAAAGAGGGAGCCAGUGUAAAACAUGAAGCCCCAGGCCCCAACGCAACCAAACAGGACCCUUCAUCAUCAUUUAGCACACGCCAGUCAGACCCUGCACUGCCCCCGGACACACAGAAACCAGACCCCCCAGUUUCACCCAACACAAGGAAGCACGCUGCCCUUAUGGCACUCAAUACACGGAAACACGAACUUCCAGUUUCCAGCAACACACGGAGGCAAGAUGCCUCCAAGAACCCCCACAUAACCCGUAGUCACGAUCCUCCAAAAUGUUCCCCUGUCACAAGACGACAAGAAGCCAGCACAGAGGUUAAAGUGACCAAAAACUUUUCUCUCCACGGAUGUGACAUGUGUGGUAGGGCUUUUGCCAAAAAGCUCUACCUGGAGACCCACAAGCGGAGCCACAGAGUGAGCAUCACCUCCCCUAGUAGGGACUCCAGAGUGAAAGGAAGGAGCACGCGAUCAAAGACAAUGAUUUGGUGA